CGUAAAAGUAGUCGACUGUAUUUGUUUCCAAAUGUCAUUUUAUAUAUAUUCUAAGUUUGUGUGAGCUUUUGCUAGUAUAGAAUUUAUUCAAGAUUAUAUUUACCCCAUGUGUUUUUAAAACGUUGAAAAAGAGAACCAUAACUUGGGUGAAUAUUUUACAGAAACGCUGGAUAGUUAAUUAGGAACAAUGGGUAACGUCUAUGCUGCAAGUGCAAGUACAAGUGCACCCUCAGUACCUUGUUACACACCGGAUACUGGUCCCGAAAACCCAGGCCCUUUAGAAGAAUUACAUCAAAAAUGUAAAAACGUAUUCCCUUCGUGUUUCGAAGGAGCACGAGUAAUGCUUACCCGUGGACUUAGUAAUCAUUUUCAAAUAUCACAUACUCUGAAUAUGAGUUCAGUCACUCCAAGUGGAUAUAGAUUUGGGGCAACUUACGUAGGGACAAAACAAAUUUCUCCAACAGAGGCAUAUCCUAUUAUGUUAGGGGAUAUAGAUCCCUCAGGAAAUUUAAAUGCCACUAUUAUUCAUCAGUUACGACCUAAAGUCCAAACAAAGUUUGGUGCCCAGGUACAAAAUAAUAAAUUUACUGCAAGUCAGUUAUCUGUCCAUUACAAAGGAAGAGACUACACUGCCACUUGCACUGUGGCUAAUCCCGAUAUAAUAAAUGGAAGUGGAAUAUUAGUUUUGCAAUAUUUACAGUCAAUAACUCCAUCAGUAGCUCUAGGAAGUGAAAUUGCCUAUCAGAGAGGUCCUGGGACUCCUGGUGGUGAAAUUGCUUUACUUAGUUUGGCUGGAAAAUACACUACGGAUUGUGUUCAAGUGUCAGGGUCUGUAGGAGUGUCCAGCAUUCAUUUGUGCUAUUAUCAAAAGGCAAGUAAGCAGCUACAACUCGGAGUUGAGUUAGAAACAAAUCAUCGAAUGCAGGAAGCUGUUGCCUCAAUUGGAUAUCAAGUAGAUUUACCAAAGAGUGACGUCGUCUUCAAAGGACAUGUGGAUACAAAUUGGACUGUAGGUGCAGUUUUAGAGAAAAAACUGAACCCUCUGCCGUUUACAUUAGCCCUUAGUGGUGUAAUGAAUCAUACAAAAAAUCAGUUUAGACUGGGUGUUGGAAUUAUUAUUGGUUAAAGAAUUAUACAGAAAUGUAAUUCUUUAUUCUGUUUUGAGAAUAUCUCGGCUAAAUAGUUAAAAAAAGUAAAAUUAUUAAGUACUGCAUUUCCUCAUUCAAGAAUCGCAUUUUUGUAAAUUGUGUGGGACAUUUAUUAGAUGAUAAUAAUUCAACGCAUUACUUAGAUCAAUAAUACUAGAAUUGACUCAUAAUAUGACCCCUUAACAGUGCUCACGAAAGUUUCUGUUUCUUUUUUUAAUGGUAAACGUUUGUACUUUGUUAUUUUAAAAAUUUUCUUUUAGCACACCCCCUUAUUAAUUAUUUUUGUUACUGAUAUAAAAAGAGUGUACGAAUGUUUGAAGAAAAUAAAAAUUACCUUGUCCAUCAACAGAAUAUUUAAGUCUCAUUAAUAACAUUUUGCAUUAAUGAAGUAAAGGAAUGAAUAAUUUUCAAAAACAAAGAAUUAAGCAGUAAGGCAUUUUUUACUAUGUUUAUACAAAAAAGCUUACAGUUUUUUUUUUCUCGAACACAAUGUACUAUUAUUCGAAUAAAAUUACACAUGCAAAUGAUACAUCAUACAUACACACUUAUACAGAACCACCACUCUUGUUAUAAUCUAAUGACUAGAAUAACUUUAUUAACUUAAAAUGGAUUGUGCACAAUUAAUGAAAUUUUUGUCUGCUACCAUGGUAAUAAACAACUUAAAUCGUA